UUGAAGUUUCUUAGCGCUGCUUCCACGGUUGCAUUGGCGGGCCUUCUGUUUCUGGUCCCUUUUGCGCAAGGAGAAGCACUUUUCAAGUGUAGAAAUGGUGUAGAAUUUCCCGAGAUGAACCUCGGAUUUUUACAAGCAACUUGUGAUUUGAAAGAAGCGAAAUAUGGCGAUCCUCUGGGUCCUAACGGCGAGGUAUACCCCACAAGUCGAUUCGGCCAGAUGACACCGGCAGGAUGCUACAAAGAUCACCUUAUUCAACUUAUUGAUAACAUUCCAACCUACCGAAUCUAUCAGAGAGACCAGGGUCAAUGGCACCAAUGUAUUUUCCAAGCUGAAACUUAA